CAAACUGUGGUGGCGGCCUAUCGCCCACAUGUCGUGUUCUCAGGAGCAGGGAGAUAGUAGACGAUCAUGGAGAAGGUACUCAAGUAUUUGCCUUUCGUGUCAGCCUUUGUCCUCGUAGCAGGUCAGGGGAGCUGUCCCCCCGGGUACGUCUCACACAGCGAGUCCUGCUACAAGAUGUUCCCCCUGGCUGCCACGUGGCCCGAAUCUGUGGUAUUCUGCAAAACCUUUGGUGCGAAACUUGCCAUGAUAACGGACCAACAGGAACAGGAUUUUGUGGAGAACUACAUCAAUGGACUGCACAAUAGCCACCUGACGCUGGACAUUUGGCUUGGUGGGUCCGACCUCCUGGUGAACCAGGAGUGGAUGUGGACCAACACCAUGGACCAUAUACAGUACAGCAACUGGAAACCCGGGGAGCCAAACAACGUCGGCAGUGGCACCUCCGUCACUGAGGACUGCUUGGCGCUCAUGACUUCAGAUAACUACCAGUGGAACGACGCUCCCUGCACAGACCGAAUGUUCUUCCUCUGUGAGAUAGAGUUGAAUUCAAAUCCUAUUGGGUAGCAAACACAUCCACACAGAGUAUUCACAGGAAUGUAAUUUUCUGUACUUUUCAAAUAAAUCGUGUUUGAAUUUG